AUUUUGGUUCAAGCCAUUUUUUGGUUCAAGGCAGAUCCCACUGAAGCGGCCCGAGUCCAAGGCAGCUACAGCGUUCGGCCGAAGUAUGCUUGAUGGACGUGUUUGGCUCUGCAGUUUCAAUGUUCUCGCAGUCGUUGCCAUUGCCUGGCGGGCGCGCGCUCCUUGUCGAGAUGUCCAGUUACCACGAGUGAGAUCGAUGUUUUCUUCGUUCCAUGCCACGAUGAAGCGGGUACUCUGCAUGACACCACCGCACCCGUUGCAUCGUCAUUUGAAGGGUAUGGCAGACAAGCGACUUAAUGAGCAACUUGUUUGGGGGUGCCCCUGGACUCUGUUUGCAGCCGUCUGUUACAAUUCAAUUCAGUUGUAUCAAGACGAUACGUCCCAGCUCACGCACUACAUGAACUUAGGAAUGGGAACCUUUGCUAUGCUGGGCGCCGUCAGACCGGAUUGGAUGACCCCGAAAGUCUUUCUCUGUUUCCAUUUCUGUGUCUAUGUCACCUUCAUCAUUAUUGCGAUCAAUACCACAUCCAGAAUUGAGUUCUUGAAUGCGAGCCGCGUGAGAAUAUGUUUCCGUUCCAUGUUCUGUUUAAUACACGCAAAGCCCAUGUUGUCCUUGUGUUUUGGCAGUGUGUACGUCGCAGUUGUCUCAGCUUUUGCUCCGUGGCAUGACCCUGUAGACGUACGUCAGGAAUUGCUUGUCACAUUCUUUGUUAGCAUCUCAGCAGCCGUCGUCGCAUGGUCCCGCGAUUCAGAGUUUUUGGCAAUUCUGGAGGCCAAGGCGUCACGACAGUUCGAGUCUACAGCGGACGGGCUGCUGUCAAGUGUGUGCGAUGCAGUGGUACAUCUCUCGAAGGAGUUUCAGCUCUCAAAGCCUUGCGCAUCCCUUGCCGCCCUGCUCCUAAGAUCAUCCAGCGAUGUGGCGGCGGGAGUCCACUUUUCCAAUCUAGCGUUUGAUGCCACUGAGAGAGAGCGUCUGCUUCGUUUCUUGGAGCGGCCCAUAUCCGAUACCUACAGCCUCCACAUGUCCUUUAGGGAUUCAUGGGGCAUGCCGGUAAAAGUUGAGCUCUUUCACGCCCGGGGCGUUGACAUACACGACGAGUUGAUCCACAUCGUAGGUGUGAAGGAAGAUUCGGAAGAGCCGCGGGCGGCGCGUCCAGGGGUGUUAUGCUGCAGCCCAGAGUCACAGAAUUCAAGCACUUUCGCAGGCAUCCCAGAGAGUUGUAUCAGUAUCUCGACGUCUGAUUCCUCUGGUCUGCUGAUCGACCCCUCGUGCACUGAGAUGGCUGUUCUCAUUGACGCAGAGAGUUCUGGUAUGCCCGUGCUGCGGUGCUCACCCGAUUUCUUGAGUUUGUGUGGACCCAUAUGCGAGGGCCCAAAGCUGCUGCAGUGGGUCAUUAAUCGUGCCGACUUUAUGGGUUGGGCGGACACGGCCUACAACGAUCUGCUUGAUGCUCGUGAUGUAGACCUUGUGCAGGGUGAUGUUCUGGCUGCACAGCCAUUCCGAAUCCGCCUCAAGCUGCCUCACAUGGGCCCGAGAGUCCUCGAAGUAUCGGCGAACGCAAAGUUCAAAUUUCCAUCAUUCGAAGACCCACCAGAGGGUGACGAUGGCGGAGUGGCCAUUGCUCAAGGGAUCUUGUUGAUGCUGGAGGACGUCGUCUUCCUCCGCAGGGGACGUCGGGCACCGAGGCUGUCAUUGUGAUUUGUUGCAUGUGUGACGUGAGGGGCAGGGGCCCGCCAGCCGUUCCUACAAUAACUGCUUCAAUCCCUCAAUGUUUCCCAACCAUCCUGUGGUGUUGGUCCUCGUUUUGAAGAGACAGCGCCCCGCGUCCCACCUCCUUCCUCCUUCCUCCUCCUCUCCUCCUCACCUCCCUCUCCUUCUUCCCUCCUCCUCCCCUCCCCUCAAGCACGCCUGCCAAUACAGCAUCCAAAUGUUCCGCCGCCAGCGUCGCUCGCCAUGGCAGGCCAGUUUUAAAGUUCCGUCGUCCUCACCUGUGGGGCGCGACGUUUUGUGGCGUCCGAUCGGACCUUUGCUUGCUUGCUUGCCAUCAGCCGAGAGGCUAACUCCAAGGCGGGGGCCCCCAGUGACGGCUGCUCUUGCAAUCCCGAGAGCACGACAUCGCCAUCAGUGAGACGGCAAAGCAAUUCAACAGCCAUGUCGUCCAACUACUUCGUGUCUUGUGAGGCACCAGACUGCAAGCCCGUGGCAAGGCCUUCGUAAGCAGCCCCUAGAACAGAGG